GCUGGGGCUCUGGAGCUUUGUGGCCCCGACUUUUUAAUGGGACCCGCGGGCAGGAGUUCCUCGUUUUUUAUCCACAUUCGUCGCUCUCCGGCCAUGCCACAAUGCUGAUGAUUCCUCUGCUGGUGUUUCUGCUGAGCCUGUCGGAUCCCGUUAGUCCCCAGGCCCGCUGCCCCCCGGGCAAGGCGCCUUGCGACCCCCGGCAGCGGAGGGACGCCGGGGGCCGCGGAGGAGUGUACGAGCACCUCGGAGGAGCACCGAGACGCAGGAAACUUUACUGUGCCACCAAAUAUCAUUUACAGAUCCACCAGAACGGAAAAAUCGACGGAUCAUUGGAGGAAAAUAACCCGUUUAGCAUCAUGGAGAUCACAGCAGUGGAUGUGGGUGUUGUGGCCAUAAAGGGACUGUUCUCGGGCAGAUAUCUGGCCAUGAAUGAUAAAGGGCGGCUGUAUGCCUCGGAAGUGUUCAACAGAGAGUGUGAGUUUGUGGAGCGGAUCCACGAGUUGGGCUACAACACAUAUGCAUCACGCCACCACUCCACUGAGCAGCCUCUUCCACCAGGGGGUGGCAGCAAGCGGCGAGCCAGCGCCAAGCGUCAGUGGUAUGUCUCCAUCAACGGCAAAGGGAGGCCAAGGCGAGGCUACAAGACCCGCAGCACGGACAAGGCCUCACUGUUCCUGCCCCGCGUUCUGGGCAACAAGGACCACGAGAUGGUGAGGCGGCUGAGAGAGAGUCAGAGCACGCAACACCACACUCAUCACCAUGGCAACCACAGAGACCGCCGUAGACGCCGACAUCGGGCCAGGAAAGGCCGGCGGGGUGGAGACGACUAGACAGUUUCAUAGAGGACCUUAAACAUUGGCCUCUACCUAGAUUGGACCGUAGCCCACUGCAACGUGACGCAAACUGUUUGGAUCCUUCUGGAUUAGUGGAUCAUGUUUUACUGUUGAUGCUCAGAGAAAACUAAACUUAGAGGAUGAAGGACAAUGCCACAAACACACACAUACACACAUGACUACACACAGACAUACACACAGAGCUGUAUAAUCUAUCAACUUGAUGUCCACAAAAUGCUACUGUCUUGUAAACAUGUACUCAUGUCGGAAACUUCUUUGUAAAAAGUUCUGGGCUACACGAAGCAAAAACUGAUUAUUGUAAAUACAGUAUGCACUAUGCAUGUACAGUGAAGCUUUAGUUUGUCCAAAGCUGACAUGACAAACUAUAUAAUAUCUUUGAUGUUGAAGUGCUGACAGCGAAGAAAGAGAGGACUUUACACAGCGAAGCACUUUUUUGUCUGAUUCACAUUGAAGGUGUUUCCAGACCAUGAAAAAGCUCAUUUUAGUACACUGCUAAUGAUAUAAACACUCCAAUCAAAGACACAAACAGUCAACAUUUAUUGUGCAAAUUAAAAGUGAAAAAAAACUCUAGCAGUUAAGUUCUAUGGUGCUGGGUUGCAAAAGCUUACCAGUAUUGCGAUUAUCCAGAUGUUCUGAUGUUGCAUCAGAAAAGGUCAAUCCUAUCUCCAAUCAAAAAACACAGAUUUUAAAAGUUUGCAGCAAUAAAUGUAGUUAUUUCUGCAUACUUUCAGCAUGUUUAUUGUCAUUAAAAGGCAGUAACAUCUGUUUAUUUUGACUUCAUGUAGUCAGACAGCUCUCGGCAGACUUUAGUUUGACUUGUUAGAUACAGUGAUACUGAGACUCAGUGGAGACAGAUGGACAGGAGCUCCACAAAUGAAACAGAUCUCUGAUCUCCAUCAGAGAAAUCCAGAAACUGACCCUAGCUAAGAGGUCAUCAAACUGGACACUGCUCUGCCUCAAGUAGCUGGAAGUAAAAGGAAAGUUUUCCAGUCACAG